CCCCCCCCUGCCGGAGCUCCCGUACUUUCCGGUACACCCCGGCAUGUAGCUCCGCGAGGAGCUCGAUGGGGGGGACCCCCGCCAGGACCGUAGCCGCCGUAUGGGACACGGUGCGAUAGGCCCUCGCCAGCCGUAGGGCGACGCGCCUGCCUCAUUCUCCGCUGAAGUCAAUACUAAUAAGUUCAUACAACUCUACUGACCAUCGCAAUUGCACAAUAUCAACGAGAAGGUUGUUGUCAACGUAAUAAAUAUAUUGUUUCUCCACAUUUAUCACGAAAGUACCGUCGUUGUACUGCGUGGAUAAUAUUCAUUCACAUGUGUAUAAAGUCAAAGCACUCAUGGGUCGCAAAAUUGUUUAAAAACGUUCAAUUUCAUGCAAUGAGUCUUAUGGCGGCAUAUUGGCAGUCGUUGAAACGUCUUCGCAAUGGCAUCACCCCGAUUUCGAAAUCACUAUCGUCAUCAUCAUUAUCCUUGUCGGGAAGUAUUAUUAUGGGCACUUCAUUAAACAUGUCUAAAACAUCGGGCAAUUCUUCGCGCAUAGGCGAUUCUUCGCAUACAGAUUUUUCUUCGCGCACCGGCGAUUCUUCGCGCACAAAAUUAUCGCCGGGGUGAUGCCAUUGCGAAGACGUUUCAAUGAUUGUCAAUAUGCCGCCACAAGACUCAUGAAAUUGAACGUUUAGAAAACAAAGAUAUGCGCGUACUAAACACUAUAGAUAAAAUAAGAAAAAGACGGGAGAGAGAAAUAGAGGGUAUACGUAUACAAUAGAGAGAGCACGACGAAAAGAGAAGAUGAUAAAUAUAUGAGAACAUAGCGAUGCCGCUUUUUUUCUAGGAGAAGCCGCGAAAGAUGACUUUUCCUAGAAAUUGACGUACGUAUCGACGUAUUAAGAGAGAAGCGCCGAUAAUCCGACUGCUAUGAAUAAAUUGCAAAGAUAAUAAAAGUUAUAAACAAAUAGAUAAAUAGGUAAACAAAUUGCGAUUCGGUUGCAAACGUAUGACGACACUCUGAUUUUUAGACAAAGGGACAAAGAAAUUGUCGAUGAUAUAUAAUAGGUCAUUGGACGCGUGGGAUCACAGUAGGUGGAAUGAAUGUGAGAGAAAGCCGAUAUGAUACAAAAAAAAAACGUGAAGUGUCUUAUGUAUUGAUUAACACUUAUAACGGUGCUCUCCUGUCUGCUAAUUUGUGGAAAGUAUUGAUAAGACAAGAUCAUGAGGAUACUGCUAAAGAGAGACAAGAAAUGAGCUUUUCAUUGAGAGAAAUCGUGACAUGCAGUCAUUGUAAACACUAUGGUGCUGAAUUAAUAAAUGACGAGAUGUGCAGUUAUCGACCAAUCGAAGAAUUAACGAAUUCUCCGUUACGGAACGUAACGGUCUAUCCAUCGCUGAACGUAACGGAUUAUUUUUUAAGAAAAUAUUACACCCCGAAUCCCCACAAUUUUGUGAAGAAACGCAAUCCCCGAUUCCCCCACUUCUCGAUUCCUCCCAAACAAUUUCUGGAAGAUAUGCAUAUACCAUCAUUACAGAGGAAGUGCGUAUAACAUAUCAUUGUCAAUAGGCAAAAAACAAUGGACAAUGGAUCGCUGACUCUAUGAUAGAAAUUUGUAAAGAAACUGACGAGGAUGUUAUAGUGGCCAAGAAAAAGGCAAAAAAUCGGAGGUGUUUAAUAACAUAGAGCAUUUCGCUAUGACAGCUAUGACUGUUAUAUCGGCCAUGUUCAGAUAAAAGAACAAAGAAGAAGCGCGUUAUACGAAUUAUUAGAUAAUCAGUAUUAAAAAUGUAAAGUGUCAUGUAAAAAAAA